UUACUGAAAAGUGUAGGAGUCGAGAAACUUCACCCAUGUAAAUAACGUCAAUAAGAAAGCUGUGUGACAAGCUGUAGUUAGCAAUACACAGUUCAUAUAUAUAUAUAAAUAGAUAUAUUAUAUAUUAACCAGCUUGUUUUUAAAUAUGCCCCGGAAAAAGCCAUUUAGCAACAAACAGAAGAAGAAACAGCUACAAGUCAAACGGGAGAGAAAGAGAGGUGAUACAGGUUCUGGGCCGAGCAGCCGCAAUGCCAGUGUGGAGCGAGGAGAUCGGCAGUCAGAUACCUCAGACAGUGAGACCACUGACGUUAGGAGAAUAAACCAGCAGCCCUUCAGCAGAGAAGGUAGAUAUGACCCCAACAGGUUCCGACUGCACUUUGAGAAAGAGAGUAAAGAGGAGGUGGAAAAGAGGAAGAAGUUGGCCAGGGAGAAGGUGUUGCAGCCAGUCUCAGACAAAGAACUUGAAGUUGACAUCAAUGACAUCUAUCCCUCAGAGAAAGGUCUUGGUUUCCCACGACGGCCGUCCUGGAAUUAUGAAAUGACACGAGAGAGCCUGCUGAGGAAAGAGGAGAAGUCAUACAAGGAGUACCUGGAUGAUCUGCACUCCAGAAACCCUCCUGGCUCCCUCAGCCACUUUGAGCACAAUCUUGAGACAUGGAGACAGUUAUGGAGAGUUAUGGAGAUGUCCGAUGUCAUUCUGCUCAUUGUGGAUAUCAGGCACCCGGUGCUGCAGUUCCCUCCAGCCCUGUACCACUACAUCACAGGAGAUCUGCAGAAGCAGGUGGUCCUGGUGUUGAACAAAGCUGACCUGUGUCCUCCCCCACUGGUGAUUGCCUGGAAACACUACAUGACCUCUCAGUUCCCCCACCUGCAAAUAGUCUGCUUCACCUCCCACCCUGGACAACCCUACAGCACAGUGCUCCAGAAGAAGAGGAUGAGGAGGAAGGGAGACUGGGGUCACGCUGGAGGUCCUAUAGAUAUCCUGAAGGCCUGUCAGGAGAUAACAGCCGGGAGAGUUGACCUGUCCAGCUGGGAGCAGAAGAUUCAGAGAGAUGCUGUUGCAGAGAGACUCGACGGGGAGGGUGCAGAUGAAGGAGCGGAGUCGGUGCUGAUGGAGCAUCAAAGUGACAGCGCUAUGGAGAUGAGCAACCCAUCACAGGAGCUUUACAAAGAUGGAGUUCUCACAUUGGGCUGUAUAGGCUUUCCGAAUGUUGGUAAGUCAUCUGUUAUAAACAGCCUGGUGGGGAGAAAGGUGGUGAGUGUGUCUCGAACCCCAGGCCACACCAAAUACUUCCAGACCUACUACCUCACCCCGACAGUCAAACUCUGCGACUGCCCUGGACUGGUCUUUCCCUCACGUGUCAACAAACAGUUACAGAUUCUUGCCGGCAUCUACCCAGUGUCUCAGCUGCAGGAGCCCUACAGCUCAGUCGGUUAUCUGUGUGAGAGGACUCCCUUCCUCUCUGUGCUGAAGCUCAAUCAUCCCAGCUUGUUGGAGAAGGAAGCCCAUCUGAGAAACCAGGGGUCUGAAGAGCUUAGCUGGACUGCCUGGGAUGUGUGUGAAGCUUGGGCAGAGAGGAGAGGAUAUAAGACAGCAAAAGCAGCUCGCAACGAUGUUUAUCGUGCAGCUAAUAGUCUCCUGCGGUUGGCAAUUGAUGGCAGAUUGUGCCUUUGCCUCAGACCACCUGGCUACAGCUGCCUGAGAGCGCAUUGGGAAAAUCACCAAGACUUGCCGGAGAUUAUGGCUCUACAAGGAAGGACGACGGAGGAUGAAGGGACUGGGGAGAGGGACGAUGAGGAAGACGGCGAGUCCAGUACGGAGCCAGAGGAAGAGAGAGACCGGGAUGCAGAUGAUGAUGAGGAUGGAGAUGGGGAUGAUGAAGAUGAGGGGUUUGGACCUCCAAGACAGAAGGACGAAAAGCCAUCUGGCUUCACCGUUAACAUGUACAAUGUACUUCGGGAAAAUGAGUGUGAGUGAUAACGGAGGGAAAGACGAGGAGGAAGAAAUAAGUUGUUCCGCUUCCCUGACUUUUCCCCCGUCUACCUCAGUGCACUUUCCAUUCCUUUUUUGUUCCGAAACCUGCAUUCCUUCUCAUUUGUUCCUGCGCAUCCACUCUUCAUUUCUCUACCUUCUCUGUAUAUUAACAUGAUCUAUUCUACUUAAUUCCCCGAUUUCCUUCCUACUAUAAUAUACAGAGCAUAUUCAUGUAUUCCAUGCUGUGCCUCUGCUCUGCUUGUUUAUCCAUGAAGCUUGUUCUUUAAUGUUGCUUCUAGGAAUGGGUUUGGUUUGAUUAAAUCUUUCUUUUUUGCAUGUAUUUCUCAAAGACAAAUGAACAACUAAGUUCCCUCAGCCUGGAAUAAUCAACCAACUGGUUUUCAAUCUCUUUAUUGAUAAGUGACCUCAUAGCUGAGAUGCCAAAGUUCAGGAAAGGUUGAAAAAAACAAAUCAGAUGCACUGUCGAGAUGAUGUCAUUCACUGGAGCAGCCGUUUGGCUCUCAGAGCAGGGGAGAUUUAAGACCAUGACUCUAAAUCUUCUUUAUAAACCACAGUAUGUCUCAACUUUGGUUAAAGGGUGUGGGAUGGGAUGUGGAAGAUAAAACCAAUAUUUCUCACACAGUUUUUCAGUUACCAGUAUUAUGACUCCGUUAGAGAAUCAUUUAUCUGAACUUUUGGGUUUUCUAUGCUGUAUCUGAGAGUGAUAUUUAGUGUGGUUCUACACGGUCAGGAAAUUUCAGAAAAAUUCUGGGAUGGGUGGAGGGAAAGGUUUGUUGUAUUGCUGGAUGAGGCUGUUUCAGGAAUUUAACCUGUAGUGUUUUAACUACUACAACAAUGAUCCUUAGAUGCUGAUAGAGGUCUACAGUAUUUAGUGCAGGAUUUGGCGACACUCCUUCAACAUGUUUAAAUGCUACUGGCAGCACAGUGGAACUGAUCCAACUGUGACUGCUUAAAAAUCAGCUAAAGGAAUAGUUCGACAUUUUUGGAGCUAUGUUCAUUGGCUUUUUGGCCAAGCGUUAAAUAAGAAAAUCGAUGCCACUCUCGCUGCAAAUAAGAAGUUGGAGACAGGAGGCAGUUAGUUUAACGUAGCACAAAGACCAGAAAACAAGAGGAAACAGCUAGCCUGGCUCGAACAGCACCUCCAAGGAAAAUUACCAUAGUACGUCUUGUUUGUUUAAGCUGUGCAAAAACCAAAGAGGAAGAAAUCCCACGCUGCGGUUUUACAGGAGGUCAUGUGUUGAACUGUUUCUUGGUUCCAGGCUACCAGUGGAGAAGCCAGGUGACUGAGCUUCACAGGUUCUGUUAGUCUGUUACCUUUGCAUGGGAUUUCCAGUCUUAAUGCUAAGCUAAGCUAACCAGCUGCUGCCUGUGGUUCCAUAUUUACCAUACAGACAUGAGAGUGGUUCUCAUCUAACUCUCGUCAAGAAAGUGAACAAGUGUAUUCACCAAAAUGUCCCUGUUCCUUUAACCACACAGACAGAGAGACUGGCCUCUACAGCUUCCACCUGUACUUCAUUCUAAAUAACAUUACACACUCCGUCUUUGCUAUGUUGUUGGUUUUAUGAAAUAUAAAAAUGACAGUGUACAAAUUUAAGGUCCGGUCGCAUAAUGCUGUUAAAAACACCUGCUGCAGGUGCUUCUCAGUCUUGGUCAACGCUGGUUUUUUUUUUUUUUCUUCCAACCUUUUCUUGAUUAUAGAAAACUGACUUGUUUUUUUUUGACCAGUCUCUCUCUCUGAAGCUUGAUGGCCCCGCUACAAUCCUGAGUGCUGAAUUAUUAUUGUGUGCUGCUGUUGUACCUCAUUCAUGUGUUCACGGAGGGAAUUCUACAGCACAGUGCUGUGUUACCAUGUAAUACAUCACACUGCAGACACAUGCAGCCAUUUCUGCCAUUGGUACAAUGUAAAGCAGUUACUCAACACUACCAAUGAUGUGAGAAACGUGUUGAUGUGGAAUUUUUUGGAAAUAUUUAAUCUGAUGGUGUCUGGAGGGUGUGAUGUGAAGGCUUGAGGUGUGUUCAGGCUAUUUGCUGCAUUCCUUGUUUCAUUCCUAGUACGCCUAAUGAUGAACUGGACUGCUUUCUGCAAUAAAAGAAAAUAAUCCUCUAAACCA